AUGGAUGAUGGACGUGAGGUUAUCGCGAAACUUCCAAAUCCCAAUGCAGGCAGACCGUACUUCACCACAGCUAGGGAGGUUGCAACUAUGGACUUUUUGAGGAAUGUCCUGGAAGUCCCUGUUCCAAGAGUGUACGCGUGGAGUCCUCGAGCGUCAGGGAACUUCCUUGGAGCGGAGUAUAUCCUCAUGGAGAAGCAGGCCGGGGUAGUACUAACUGAUCUAUGGGAGUCCCUCAAAGGAAAGCAGAAAGCCCACAUCCUGGACCAAGUGAUUGAAAUCGAGAGGCGCUUAGCAGCAACCAAAUUCUCAAAAUUCGGGUCGCUGUACUAUAAAGACGACCUUCAUGACAGAUCGGACUCUACUUCGCCUCUAUAUCUCGAUUCAACUGGAAACGAAGUGUGGAGCAAAACAUUCGCCAUUGGGCCGACUAAUAACCGUUCCUUCUUGCUUUGA